CUCGUGACUGCGAUAAACAUUACACCAAGGCCGUUAAUGUUUAAUGAGGUUUGUCUCCCAAUUAAUAGGCUUUCCCGUGGGCGCCCGCUCCCAGAGCGAGACGCCCGCCGGACGACGCACUGACACGAUGGGUGACGAGCAAGCGCCCGAGCAGGGCCUGGACAGGUUCAGCUACGACUAUGAGACCAUCCGCAAUGGGGGGCUGAUCUUCGCCGUCGUGGCUUUUGUGGUCGGGCUCCUCAUCAUCCUCAGCCAGCGGUUCCACUGCGGAGGGAAGAAGAGGAGACAAGGAAACGAGGAAGACCUGUAGCCCCAGAGCUGCCAUGCUGCCGUGGAAGCAGAGCUUCAUCCAAAGCAGAGAAGUCCUUGCCAAGGGCCACCCCUUGCCCCGCUCCAGCGGAUCCAUUACCCUGCUCACCCCAGGCGAGGCCAGAACGCAAAUUGCCCUCGUGCUUUCCCCUCUGCUAGAUCCAGCAAGAGUUUCUUGGCUAAUAAAGUUCAAGCUGAGAGCG